AUGAAUACAGAUAAAGUAAAAUCUAAUAAAAUUCGUUUGAAAUCUACGAAUUAUCUUUUUCAACCGAUUGUAUCAGAAAAUGAUAUAAUAAAUCAACGUAAAUUACCAUCACCAUUUCAAACUGGUUUUAAAUAUUUAAAAUCAUUAGGUCAAUUAAAAAGACAAAAUGAAAAUAAUUUGAUUGAUACACAUGAAGUAAAACCAACAAUUAUCAAUCGACUUGAACGUACUUCAGCAUUUUCAACAAAUUAUUAUGCACCAUUAUUACCACGUUUAUCAUCUCAUUUAAUUAAUAAAUCUAUUCAAGUUGAUGAUUUUGAUGGAUUAUCAUAUAAAACUGCAAUUAAUUAUUCUUAUUUAUCUUUUCAGCAAUAUUUUAUUAUUUUUAUUUCAUUUCUUUUUUUUAUUUUAUUAAUUUUCUUUUUCCAAAAAUAUUCUUAUCCGAAACAUUGUUUAUUACAUAAAAAAUAUUGGUAUCCAAUUCAUUUAUCAAAUGGUUUACAAUGUACGAAUACAAAUAUUGAAAUCUAUUAUGUUGAAAUCUAUUCGAAAAUUUAUCAAUUAGAAAUACAAAAGAAUAUUAAAUCAAG